AUGAAAUUCUGCAAGAAGUACGAGGAAUACAUGCAAGUGCAACCCAGGAAGGAUAAGCUUCCUCGGGUUGGCUUCAAGAAACUCAAGAAGAUACUGAAACGGUGCCGCAGAGAUGUUGUUCAUGUUCAAUCCCGUGGUGAUGAUGCUGCUAACAAUGAAGUUCUUGUUGAUCAUCAUCAUUUUUCAGUUGAUGCUACUGAAUCUUCCUGCGCCGACUCCUCCUGUCCAGUAUGUGAUGGCACCUUUUUUCCUUCUCUCAUGAAGGAAAUGUCUGAAGUUGUUGGCUUCUUCAAUGAACAUGCGCAGAGAUUGCUUGAGCUGCAUCUGUCGUCAGGUUUUCGCAAAUGCUUUAUUUGGUUAAAAGAGAAACUGUCAGGCAACCAUGUUGCCUUGGUUCAAGAAGGCAAGGACUUGGUGAAUUAUGCACUGAUAAAUGCCAUUGCCAUGCGUAAGAUACUUAAGAAAUAUGAUAAGAUUCACUACUCCAAACAAGGCCAAGUCUUCAAAUCUCAAGCUCACAGCAUGCACAUCGAGAUUCUCCAGUCACCUUGGCUGUGCGAGCUUAUGGCGUUUCACAUAAACUUGAGAACCAUAAAGCCUGAUUCAUCAAGGGCUCCUGCAUUAUUCGAGGGAUGCUCACUUACAUACAAAGAUGGGAAGCCUUUGCUUUCUUGUGAACUCUUUGAUUCAGUCAAGGUGGAAAUCGAUUUGACCUGUUCUAUAUGCCUGGAUACAGUCUUUGAUCCAGUAUCUUUGACAUGUGGACACAUCUUUUGUUACAUGUGUGCUUGUAAAACCGCAUCAGUGACCAUCGUCGAUGGGUUAAAGGCAUCUAGUCCGAAGAAAAAGUGUCCCCUUUGCCGAGAGGAUGGUGUUUUCGAGGGUGCUGUUCACAUGGAGGAGCUAAACAUUCUAUUAAGUCAAAGUUGUCCAGAGUACUGGAAAGAGCGACUCCAGACUGAAAGAAUAGAAAGAGUUAAGCAGGCAAAGGAGCACUGGGAGUCGCAAUGUCGAGCUUUCAUGGGGAUGUAA